AUUGGAAGCCGGGUGAAUCAAGUUGGUUCGUUAUGAAAUGAACAACGACGACGUAAUAUGGCACACUAUCAACCAUUCAUUUUGCUCUUUUGUUGUCAAAACUAAAACUGGAAGGUUUUGCAGAAAUGAUGAUAACGUAACGGGAUUGUGCAAUCGACAUUCUUGCCCAUUAGCCAAUUCACAGUAUGCCACUAUAAAAGAACGAGAUGGCAUCAUCUACCUGUAUGUAAAAGAACCUGAACGUAUACCUUAUCCUGGUAAACAGUGGGAGCGGAUUAAGUUACACAGAAAUAAAGAUCAAGCUCUGAAACAAAUCAAAGAGCACUUAUUAUAUUGGGAUAAAUGGAUAAUAAGCCGCGUCAAGCAGAGAUUCUUCCGCACAAGAGAAUAUCUUAAAAAUAUGCGACGUUUAGCGUUAUCAAGACAAAAAAAAUUAGAGCCUAUUAAUCAAAAAGUUGAAAGACGUGAACUAAGAAGAGAAGCAAAAGCACUACGUGUAGCACGCAUUGAACGUACUGUAGAACAAGAACUGUUAGAACGAUUACGCGCAUCAACAUCUUCCAAGGAAAUAUAUAACAUAGAUCAGUCUGCCUUUGAAAAAGCUCUAGAAGCUGAAGAAAUAAAUGUAGAAUCUGAUGAAGAAUACGAAAGUGAAGAAGAAGAGGAAGAAGAAAUCGCUUACACUUCAGGAUCUGAUGUAGAAGACAUUGAAGAUAUUGGAGUAAUUGAUGAGGAAAAUGAAGAAGAGGAAGAAGAAGAAGUUGAACAUAACAUUGUCCUGACCAAUCCGAAAAAGAAGCGUAAAAUUACCAUUCACUAUGAAAAAGACGAUGAAUAAACAUUCAUUCCAUUCCCAUUGUAUAUAAUCUUGUAUAUUUAAAUGGAACAGACUAUUAGUGGUUCUUUUAACCAUACAAAAUUUGGAUCUUAUAAACCAUGGGAUUCAUUUUUUCAAACAGUUUUUGCCAGUAGUGUUCGCAUAACAACGGUUAUAAGCCAUAACUUUGUAUAUUUCAAUAUAAAGAUAGUGGCUUAUUU